AGUUAGUGUGACACUUCCGCCCUGCCAGGUCAGCUGAUUGAGACACGCGGAAACCACUAAACUAACUCCACUAAAAGUCCACGGCUCAGCGCACUGUAGAGUCCGCCUGGCCGCUAACUUUGAACGGAUCCGCCGCUUCUAACCAGCGUGGGCUGCACUUGGAGGAAGACACAAACAUACCAAGAAACAAACACUCUAGUGGACGGCGAUGGCUGACGUGCAGUCGCCGGUGGCUUUGAACGGAACUCAUAUUUCCUACAUUGCACAGGAUUGUAAGGACAUCCCAGACUUCCUCGGGGACACUUAUGGCCAUUUUGCAAAGAGGCUGGACUUGAGCUUCAACCAGCUCAGGUCCUUGGCGGGCCUCGGGAUGUUCACCGAGCUGGAAGAGCUGGUCGUCGACAACAACCUGCUUGGGAAUGACCUCCGGUUGCCAAGGUUACCUAACCUGCACACCUUGACGCUCAAUAAGAACAACCUGACUGAUAUCGAAGCCCUGCUGGAGCACUUGGCCGACGUGACCCCGUCGCUGCGGUACCUCAGCCUGCUGGGGAACGAGGCCUGCCCCAACCAGCUGGUCAGCCCGGAUAAAGACGAGGACGACUACCAGAGAUACAGGUAUUUUGUUCUGCACAAGUUGCCCAAUCUUAAGUUCUUGGACUCCAGGAAAGUCAAGAAAGAAGCCAUGGAGGCCCAAGCCAGAGGAGCGUUCAUGAAGGUGGUCAAGCCCAAGUCGGACACUCCGCCGAAAGAAGCCGGAUUUGAGAGCCGCCCUCUGCCCUACACUCCUCUACCCCGAGGAUCCCGAGACGCUAAGAACCAUAAAGGCGUCUUCGCCAAGUGCCGCUACGUCUACUACGGCAAGCAUUCCGAAGGCAACAGAUUCAUCCAGAACGACCAGCUGUGACGUGGCGGCGACAAGAGAGGGAACAUUUCAUCCUUAGCCUGGUUGACAACACGCACAUACAGACGGAGACGUGACAUCGUUAUUUAUUUCAAUUAGCCGGCGAUAUUGCGGUUCAAUCAAUAUGUUUGCUGUUGACUUUGUAUCUUCUGCAAGACGUCCCCUGAGCAUCACACACACACACACACACACACACACACACACACACACACACACACACACACACACACACACACACACACACACACACACACACACACACACACACAGAGUGACAAACAACCUAUUGCGUGACUCUGACAGCCGUGAUGGAUCACCCAUCCACUGCUGCCACUAAUCAAAGGUGAAAGGGUGACGGUCACACACCUGAGACCUGACAUGGACACACCCUUACACGCACACACACAAACUAAUACACAAUACAAAAGAUUUAAAUUGGAGCUUACUGCAAUGUUUUAUUAGCUUAUCACUCUGCCUUUCUUAUUUUAGAGCAGGCCUGGGCUAUUAUUUUGACUCGAGGGGCCAAAUUUAGAGAAAAAAAUUUGUCUGGGGGCCGGUAUAUCUAUUUUUAGGAACGCUAAAACAAAAUCUCACGAUAAUGUCUGGUUGAAUGCUAAAAACCUUAUGACAGACCACAUUUAACCGAAUGGAAUUCAACAUUUUUUUUACUGAAUGAGACACCCAGAAUGUACACGAAAAUAACAAUAUUAACUAUGAACGAUAAAACACUGAAUAUUGACAACAUAUGAAUUUGUUUAAAAUGAUUUUGUAUUUAUUUAUUUUAUACAAACAAACAAUCUUGAAAAAAUAAAUAAUAAGAUGAAUAUGUUUUUGUUGAUAUAAUUUUAAUAAAUACAUAAAUUAAUAAACAAUAUAGCUAAAUUAAUUAAUGUCUAAAUGCUAAAUAAUACCAAAUAAAUAGAUACCAAAUAAUAACAUAAAUAAUGAUAGUAAAUAAUAAAUACCAAAUAAUAAAUUCCCAUCAAACAAGCAAAAAACAUUUUCAAAAAUUGGUGUACCUUCUUUUUGAAUUUUGUACUUCAACAAUUUGUUUUAAAUUAUUUGUAUUUAUUCAUUUUUAUAUAAAAAAAACAAUCUCGAAAAAAUAAAUAAGAUGAAUAUUUUUUGUUGAUAUAAUUUUAAAUAAAUAAAUAAAUGAAUAGUACAUAUAGCUAAAUGAAUUCAUGUCUAAAUACUAAAUAAUACCAAAUAAAUAAAUACCAAAUAAUAACAAUAAAUAAUGUAAUGAACGUCACACCCACUCUCGAUCGAAAUAUUUUACAAUCAAGCGAAACGCAACAAAAAUGCAACAAACAGUGGAAUAUGAACGCGAAGGGUAAAAAAAAACCACACCAACUAUCUGAUAAAUCACUAAACAUUUAAAAAUCUCCUUCCGAGUCUCUCUGACACCCGCAUUUCAGGCUGUUGCUCUGUGAAAACGCUCCCCACCCACACUGCUUGGUGCCUCGUCUGAGCUGCUGUGACUUAGAUUACCAUAGUAAUUAAUUAGAUUACCAUAGUAACUAGUAUAUCAUGCAAAAGCGCAGAUUCCAACCAUUGAAAUACUUUGUAUAGUUCCAGACGUACGGUCAUUUGAAAACACUCCUGGAAGUCCUGAAUAAAUAGAGGAACGCGGGAGCUGUACCUUAGAGCGUAGGGCGACACUGUGACUAAGUGUGCAGCUCCAUGCGUUCUCCUCAUGAGCUAAAUUGAACUCUUGUCUCUGCAUGAUUCCUGGCUUCUUGUCUGAUUAAUAGAUGCCAUCAAUGUUUGAACCUGACAUCACUGCACAUCAUAAUGGCAGCUACAGCUUCCAUCUUUAAAGAUCUAAAAAAAAAUAUUUGGGAAUGUUCGGCGGGCCAGAUUGAAAAGCUUAAAGGGCCGCAUGUGGCCCCCGGGCCUUAAUUUGCCAGGUCUGUUUUAAAGGGUAGAGGAAAUAAAAUUACAAAUUUUUUACCUGAUGAUAUUAUAUAAUUUUGGGUUAUCCGAUACAUUACAUUCCUUUUUUCAUCCUUUUUAAGUACGCCAUCAUUUUUGAUUGUGUUUUCUUGUGUGUGUCGCGUUGAAAAGGCAUUUUUUUUUCCAAGUGUUUACAUUUUACUGUGCUCAUGAGACAAGCAAUAGUGUUAAGAAUCAGCCAUUAUGAAUCGCAUAUUUCCAAAAUUUUCAAUAUGUUUUUUUUCAAAUGUCCCUUUUAAAACAAUAUGAUUUAUUUUAAUUUUAUUUUAAUUUUUUUUUUUGG